AUGGAGAAAAGUGAGAUUACGCCCGGGUUGAGAUUACGCCCGGGAACCCGGACACCGCCUGGUGGCCGCGUUCCACGACCCGAUUAUAGCCUUACGGGCGAAUUCAUGUUGCAUAUAGCGACUAGCUCCAAUCAUCCUGAGAUAGUCACUUUGCUUCUGAAACACGGUGCUGAUCCUUCCCAUCCAGACUUCCGCUUCGGCAGCUUACCAUAUGAGAAAGCUACCGCCGGCAAUACUGCCCUGAUUCUUGCGUUCGCCCGCAGCCAUAACCAUACUGAGAUACACGGCUUCGUCCAUUAUGUUAUUGGUCAUUACGACUUGGAGACUAUCCAGGCUUGUAUAGAUUUAGGCGUAGACUUCAACCGAGCAGAUUGGUUGGGGGAGACCGCGGCGCAUGCCCUAGCCGAGCGCAAUUGGCCGGAGAUGUUCGACCUGGUGGCACCUCACCUGACAAUAGAGACUAUAACAAUGGUCUCAAAGAAGAAUGAGACGCCGCUAUAUAUCGCACUAUGUAACCCAGACGCGGAUCUCGCCAUGAGAUUGAUCGAUGCUGGUGCCGAUUUCGACCCCAUCGAUAAAUCGAGCGAUACUGCUCUAUGGACUGCCAUCAAAAGAUUCCAUUUUGGAAUUGCAUACUUAAUUCUUGAUAGAAAUGCCUUCGCUCCCCUAGAAAGUUAUAUAGGAGGGCGUGAGCUUCAGGCAGCAAUCUUAGCCCGCGAAUAUAGAAUUAUACAAACGCUUAUUAACCGUGGCGUGAGUAAAGAGCAACAUGAGAGGGACAUUAUGUCGCCGCUUAUCUGCGCCAUUAGGACCGAAAGCUUGACGAUCCUAGAAUUAUUCUACGAAGAAGGGCGGAAGCCCUCCCUGGUACAUAACCCCGAGACACUGUAUUCGCCUUCAGCAUAUGCCACGGCUCUUACCCUUGGGAGACGAGAGAUUGUGCAUUACCUGGAGGCUUGUAUAGACCGCGACGGCGGCAGCAGCCCCCAAAUACCGGAGAGUGAUUCAUAUGCUAACAUGGCACGUAAGAUCAUGGAGAUUAUGUGCAAUAUCUAUUACCGGUAUGGACCUAGUUCAAGUGUUCCACAAAUUGAGGUCCAGUGCAAACUCGUCAAUCAAAUUGCACUGCAUAUUCUUCCCUUAGCGGGCGCAAAUUUUGAUUCGGAUCGAACCCGCGAGUUGGUAGAAGAAGCUCAACAUAUUUGCCCAGCCAUACAUGCUGAAUCUGGAGAAGAAGAAGGCAGGGCAAGUCUAUUAGAGAAGGCCUUGCCACGCCUUGUUCGCACGAUCAGGGAAGAGGCUGAUCCUAAAAAGAGGGCCCUUUUCUUGGAGACCUCAAAGGCCGUCAUUAACUCUCACAUAGUGAGUCAGCUAAGGGUAGACUGGAUCGCUUACAUGAAUAAACUUACAGAGGUACAGGUACUAUUGCCUCCCGGAAUGAAUGAUCGGACACACGAACUCUGUAGGGCUUUAGGCCGUCUUUGGGACCUGGCAAGGGAAAACACCGAUGAUGAGAUGGACCGAGUCAUGAUGGUCAUCUUGCGGCUUCUUCGAUUCUAG